UAAUUAUGUAUUCGAUAAUACCGAUUGGGUUACCGAGGUACCGAUUGGGAUACCAAAAUUAUUUAGGGAUUGGGAUUGGGAUAUCGAAAUUAUUUAGAGAUUGGGAUUGGAAUUAAUUUUAGGGUGUAAUUCGAUAUUCUGGAUUUCGAUAUUUGAUAUUGGGAUAUACCGAUUUCCACCCAUAAUCCUAAUGAUAAACAGGCUCAGUUCUAUCAUAUAUUUCUUUUGUCGAUAUUCUUACAUGUUGAAUAUUCAUGAUGACCUCAAUUUGCUUCGGAUAUGCAUGUCUUUAUUAUUGGCUAAUCAUCAUAAAUUCCAUUACCUCAUAAGUUUAAUUUCACUCCAAAUAUUCAUUUGUACGGUUGGAGUUUGAACCUUGUUUUUUAGGGUGUUAAAGGUUGAUCACCCUCAAAAUUUGGAGGGUGAUCUUCUUUACACUGGCUUUUAACCAUGAUUAAAGCAUAUGCGUACUAUGCAUAUUUUUUGUAUAAUCAAUUUCUCUCUAGAAAAGGUUCAUGAUCACCAUGUAUGCAUGAUGCUCCACUAUUGAAUAUAACAUGCUAUAUGAUCGUCGUUAAAAUUCAUGACAUUUAAUAAAUUUAAUUUUUCUGAUUCAUCAAGGUUGCCGCCCAAAUUCACUCUCACAUCAAGAUUUUCUUAAAAAAAAAAAAAAACAAAUAGAGACAAAAUGAAUAGAUGAAACUGGAGUUGUACAAAAAGUGGCAUCUCACAACCAACCAUACUGAAUUCUGUACUCACCAUCCAACCGGAUUCCAAUUAUUGACUUCUCCAUGGCAGGUUGCUGAUAAAUAAAGGUCAAACAAUAGCAUCAGUACUCUUCACACAGAUACAGAAGGGAAAAAUGCAAUCAAUAGCAAAUUGCAGGAUUGCAGUAGUAACAGGAGCAAACAAGGGAAUUGGGUUGGAGAUAGUGAAGCAAUUGGCUGGCCAUGGGAUUACAGCUGUGCUCACAGCCAGAGAUGUAAAGCGAGGGACCGAAGCAGCUUCAAGCAUUGGCCUUCCCAAUGUCAUCUUCCAUCAGCUUGAUGUCCUUGACUCCCUCAGCAUUCACAGCUUGGCCGAUUUCAUCACCAGAAAGUUUGGGAAACUUGACAUCCUGGUGAACAAUGCUGGAGCUUCUGAAGUCGAGGUGGACAAGGAACGCAUCAAGAGCCUGAAAAUCGACGCAGAAACUUGGCUUUCAGGAAAGGCUGCUCAUUUAGUUCAGGAUGCAGUGAAGCAUACAUAUGAGAAGGCAGAGGAAUGCUUGAACACCAACUUCUAUGGCGUCAAGGCAACAACUGAGGCUCUCCUCCCACUGCUCAAGCUUUCCACUAGUGGUGCCAGGAUAGUUAACAUCUCCUCCCUCCGAGGGGAGCUACAAAGGAUCCCUAGCGAGGACGUGAGGAACCAACUUGGAGACGUCGAGACACUAAAUGAGAACAAGCUGGAUGAUAUGGUGAAGAGGUUUCUGCAAGAUUGCAAAGAUGACAACCUCGAGGCUGGCGGAACGUGGCCAUCGAUGCUGCCAGCAUACAGCAUCUCCAAGGCUGCUGUGAAUGCCUACACGAGAAUCCUGGCGAGGAGGCAUCCUGAGAUGAAGAUAAACUGUGUUCAUCCUGGAUUCGUGAACACAGAUUUGAACUACCAUACGGGGACCAUGACAGUGGAAGAUGGGGCUAGAGGUCCUGUCCAGUGUGCUCUUUUACCUGAGGAUGGUCCUUCUGGCUGCUAUUUUGAUCGAACUCAAGUUGCUGCCUUCUGAAUGCAGUAUUGUUGAGCUCAUUUAACUGGCAACCAUGGAGGAAAAACCUUUAAACAAGCAAUUAGUAGAAAAACCUUCAAACAUGUCAACCUAAAGCUUCUUUUGGAAAUCUUUAAUCUUUAUGCUAGCACCUGCAAAAGCUAGGAGAAUCAUUAGUUAAAAAAAAAAACCAACAGGUUUAUGAUACACUGGUGAGGAAGGAAAAAAAAUUUGGACCAUUUCUCGAUUUAUGCGUGUCAUCCUUGCGCAGGGGCCAUGCUAAUCUUCUCUGUAUCGUUCCAAUUUUAUCGGAUGUCCCCGAAGGGACAGCAACUUUUGUUUUGCAGGGAUUAAUAAAGACUUUAUUCUCACCAAAACAACCGAUGUGGUACUUCUUGUUGUCGCAUGAACCCCAGUGGUUUAUGACUUCUUAAACUCAUAUAAACUGACCAAGUAGAACCUUUAUCAAAUUAUUCAAAGGCAUGUAUUAUCGUUAAGUGCCUAGAUUAAAUACAAAGUACUCGUAUUCAUUUACUUAUAACAAGGGAAAAGGGCAUGUCAUAGCUCUGUUCCUUAAGGUAAAAAGGCCGAUUCUCGAAGGUCCUUUCCUUUUCUCCCAUUCUGCAGCUUCUGGCCUGUAAGCAAAGGGAUUGUCAACAAAGUAAACAAGCAAAGAAGACAGUCCUGUUAAGCAGGGACAGCAUCCGUAAGUAAAGUGCAAGCACACUGAUGAAAAUUUGUUUAAGCAAAACGAUUAAGGUAAUCAUGGCAGAAUCAACAAAAGAUGGCUUCUGUUCUCCGUAAAGUACCUGUGGAACUCUCGAAACACAGCACAAGUUAUAACGAAGACCGGCAGUUAAGAAACCUCGAGAUGAACUACUUGCUUGGUUGUCCAUAUGGAGUGGAAAAAUGAACCCAGUACAUGAUGUAAAGAGUCUUGCAGUAAGACUAACGGUCACAAUACACCUCCUAGUCACAGUUUGGUUAGGGAAGGGGAAGGAAAAAGAGGCACUGCCAAGGAGCAAGGAUAGACAUUCCCUCCAGUAAUAUAAGGCGUUCUCCAUUAGUUACCUCUACAAGAUGAACAGUGUUACUGAACUGCUUAGCAGAUUAGGAGAAGACUACUAGUGUUUUUUAUCUCUAGGUAUGGAUGAACAUGGCGAAAGCAAAGGAGAACUACCAAGAAAACCAUAUACUAGCUUCGUAUGUAAUGUACUGAACCAAACAGUUCCAUUAAUCGAAAAGGGUCUCUACUCUCCAGUUAUUAACUCCACAGGUGAUUAGAUACACUGAAUAGUUUAAUAUGCGUAAAGAGACAACUACCAGUGUUUUAUUUCCAGGUUUGGAUUGAACAUGGCGAAAGAAAAGGAACACCACAAAGAACACCAUAUACUAGCUUCUUAUGUAAUGUACUGAACCAAGCAGUUCCAGUAAUCGAAAAGGAUCUCCGCUCUCAUGUUGUUAAAACUCUACAGGUGAUUAGAUACAUUGAAUAGUUGAAUCCAAUAGAAGCCUAGCAGUUUGAUUCAGGCACCAACUCAGGAUAUUACUCCAAAAGAACAAAACAGAGGCUGAAAACAACAAUUUAAGGGAUAGAGAUCGGAAGGAUCCCAAAAAUAUUAGGACCAUUUCUCGAUUUAUGCGUGUCAUCCUUACGCAGGGGCAAUGCUAAUCUUCUCUGUAUCGUUCCAAUUUUAUCGGAUGUCCCCGAAGGGACGGCAGCAUCUGUUUGACAGAGAUUUAUAAACACAGAGCCUUCACUUAAAAAGAAAGGAUGUGGUACGUUGUAAACUAGAAGGGAUAUCUAUGACUCUAUGCUCUCUCUCUCUCUCCUGGUAAAUCCCUGCCUCCUGCUUCCUUAUUCAUUUUCUCGUUUCCUAAUUUUCUAUUCAUGAAACUGCUAAAAAGCAAGUCUAACUAACAAACUAAACGCAGCAGAAUGCCAAAACCUCCUCUACUUUCCAAGUUUUAAAGUCGAAAUACAAAGUCAUUUGCUUU